UUUACUUCUUCAAAUCUGUGAUUCUGAUUGCAAUUGUAUCAUUAGUUUCUGUGUCACUAAUUUCACUACUGAUUUUUAGUAACAUUAAUAAUCUCAAUGGUUUUACACUAAGGACCAACUGUUGGCCUUUUUGGUCGUUUAAAUGUUAAUUCUUGAAGUUCGUUCUAAUGAUAUGGGAUGCUAUUGUAUUGAGGGCUAGAACUGUGAAACUGAUUAAGAAAUUGCCUUAACCAUAUAUGCCUUCUGGUUGAUAACAAAGGCAAUUAAGAUACCAACAUGAUUGUUCACUGUGAUCUUAGUUGACACUUUUAAGAUUUUUGGGCAGUCAAGGUGGAGAAGACAUUAGAAGAAUUUCAGUUGUUAAGAGGCCAUGCUGAAACUAGAGAUGCGGCAAGUCAGCCAAAUGUUUUUAGUUGCCCACAUGGAUUUUGCCUUUUUUUGUUUUAUCAAUUUUCUUGGUUUUGUGCGGUAAAAUUGGUGAGACAGUGUUACGCAACGUGCGUCUUUAAUGAGACUAAUGGUAGAUGAGCCAUGAAUUUUGUUUUAUUGAGAGUAAUGGUAGAUGAGCCAUGGAUUCUGUUUUAUUUUUCUUUAGAGUGAAUGAUACGUUGUUGACAUUCCUUUGUUUUUGAGUGGCAGUUUUCUUUAUGCUUUACUUUUGCGUCUUCUGGCAUGUGGGUGUCUUUGUGCUCCUUUGAACCAUCAAAAUUUUCUUCCUUUGGUUUCUAAAUAGGUGAUAUGUUUUUACCUCUUUAUUUUUAUUAUGGGUUUUCUGAAAAAUAUGUUGCCGUUUAUGUCAUCUUAUUUUUUGAUUAAAGUGUCUUUGGAUUGCAUUCUAUGAACUAAAAUAUUUGUACUACUAUUAAUGCAGUGUCAUUUUGGUCUAGGCAGCUGUCUUCAUGUGACAUUAAGUCCUUUUGAACCUUUUAAGCUUGUUAUUCUCCUUUGUAUCGAUAAUUUAUUGUUUUUGCUUAGAUUCCACUUCUCUGAAAUGAUACGAGCCAUAGUAAUUCAUCCACAUCAUUUUUCUGACCUUCAGCUUUAUUUCAAUCCUGCAACAGUGAAGAUGCUUAGCAACCUGAAGGUUUUAGUAAUAGCUAUCUUGUUAAAGAUGAUCAUGAAACGGCGGUUUUCUAUUAUUCAGUGGGAGGCUCUUGCUUUGUUGCUUAUCGGAAUUAGUAUAAACCAAUUGCAGUCUUUACCGGAGGGCACUACUUCAUUUGGUCUUCCGAUUGCAACAGACGCAUACUUGUACACACUAAUUUUUGUUACUGUUCCAUCCCUGGCAUCAGUCUUUAACGAGUAUGCUUUAAAGAGCCAGUUUGAGACAAGCAUUUACCAUCAGAACUUAUUUCUUUAUGGAUAUGGUGCCAUGUUCAAUUUCCUAGCCAUUCUUGGAACUGCAAUUUUUAAAGGUCCCAGUAGCUUGGAUAUCCUGCAGGGACAUUCAAAGGCUACCGUGCUUUUAAUAUGCAACAAUGCAGCCCAAGGGAUCCUAUCAUCUUUCUUCUUCAAAUAUGCGGAUACAAUCUUGAAAAAGUACUCCUCAACUAUUGCCACAAUUUUUACUGGCAUAGCAUCUGCUAUUUUGUUUGGUCACACCCUGACUAUGAACUUUGUUUUAGGAAUCUCAGUUGUGAUUAUCUCCAUGCAUCAGUUUUUUUCAGUACUUUCAAAGGUUAAAGAUGAACAACAGAGUAGUAGUUUGGAAAUGGUUGAUAGCCAAAACAGCCAGAGGUCUAGGGAUGCAUCCUUCCUAAAUACGAUUGCUGGAGCAAAUGAAGAUGCUAGUUAUCAUGUUAAUGAAGAGGGAAAAAGACCACUUCUUCCAGUUUAGGUUCACAUGUAUCGGGAACAGUUUUGGAGUAUACAUUCUUUUAGUAACUGAACAGAAUAAAUGGCAUCUAAUGAUUCACAAUUCAUUACUUCAUCUCAUGGUUGGAUCAGUUACCCACUAUACCACAGCAUGGUCUAUGAAACGAGUGGGCUAGCUCAUCGACAUGUAUGAAGAUCUGCUAUAGAAGAAAAGUUAGAUAUACUGGAUUACAGAAUUCUUCUUUUUCUUCCUUCUUCAUCGAGUAAAUGGAUAAUUAUUAUUUUCUUCAUGUGUACUACAUGCUGAGCUUAAUCAUUUCGCUUUAAACUCAGUGAUCAUUUAUGAACAUGGAAUGAAUUUUAUGCAGUUUUACCUCGAAAUUUUUGACAUCCAAUGAAAACCUUGCAUAUACGCAAGGAAUUGAGUUUAGAUUUGUUGAGUGGUAAAGGGGAGAAAAGACAGAGUCUCUUCCCCUUUUGCGCUUUUCCCCAAAAAAUUGCGGCUCUAAUUUUGUUGUUUUCCCAAAAUGACGAGUACAAUUUCCACUCCCAAACAUGAGCAAAUGAUAAGCUGCUGUUGGCUAACCGUAUCUUUUCAUCCACCUUUGUUGAAAUUCCGACUUCAUGAGUAUAUUUUUCUAUUGCACACCCACAUGAUCAAUCAAUUUCAUUUUAUAAUAUCCGCACUUUGCACGAGCAUGAGCAGCCCAAAUUUUCUCAUCCUUCAAUAUUGUUAGGUCAAUGAUGUUUGGGUUAGACUAUUACAUCAUUGCUUAAUUCUAUACUAGAAAUUGCCCAUACUACCACAGAGGUAACAACUGCAGAGAGCGAUAAUGUUCCCUUGUGCUAGCUUUUUCUUUUAUUAUUUGUAAACGAGGGCAAGAUAUACAAUACUCUCUUUCUCAUAUUAGAUUUGUUGAUUAUUGUUUUUCUAUCAAUUUUUUUCCAAGCCAACACUAAGAUAUAGAAUACCCCAAAUUAAAUAAUGAAUUCAAAUUGAAUUAAUAAUUAAAAGGGUCUGGGAUUACUAAUUGCAUAAACAAGUAAUCCAAGGUGACAUAACUGGUUAUGAAUCGUAAGAUUAGUUUGGAAAAUAGUAACGAGUUAUUUAGAUCAAAUAGAGUCUAACAUAACAAUUUUGAUUU